CUGUCUUCCUGACACAUAUAAACCUCCAUUCCUUGAUCACACGUGCAGACUGUAACACAAGUCAGUCUAAAGUAAAACAGUCAUGCCUGGAAUUCUGUUGGGAGACGUGUUGCCUAACUUUGAAGCGGAGACUACAAUCGGGAAGAUAAAAUUUCAUGAAUUCUUGGGAAAUUCAUGGGGUAUCUUGUUCUCACACCCACGUGACUUCACUCCGGUGUGUACGACUGAGCUAGCCCGUGCUGCCAAGCUUCACGAGGAGUUUAAGAAACGUGACGUGAAGAUGAUCGCACUGUCCAUUGACAGCGUGGAGGACCACCGCAAAUGGAGUGAGGACAUCAUGUCGUUUAACCAAGACAAAGCCUGCUGUGCCAUGCCUUUCCCCAUCAUAGCAGAUGACAAGAGGGAGUUAUCAGUCUUACUGGGGAUGCUGGACCCUGAUGAGAGGGAUAAAGAUGGGAUGCCCCUCACUGCCCGCUGUGUGUUUGUCGUUGGCCCAGAUAAGAGGCUGAAGCUGUCCAUUCUCUAUCCAGCCACAACAGGGCGCAAUUUUGAUGAGAUUCUCCGUGUCAUAGACUCUCUGCAGCUGACUGCAACAAAGAAGGUGGCCACACCUGUGGACUGGAAGGUUACCAGCAGGAAGCGCUCUCCUCAACUUUGGCCCUGGGCUCUGACGAGCAGGUGAGAGCUGUAGAGACGAGAGUGCAGAGACUAGUGCGGGGUUUGGGUUACCACAACUAUUCAGCCGACGUUACUGCAGCUCGUAUAGCAGGGUGAAGGUCAUGGAAGCUAUGCGGCUGGACAGCGAGGGCCAGAUGCUCUUUUACUUCAGAGUAGAGGACAGAUUUCCUCUUUCUUUCUCCCUCCCUCCCCAAGAAUGUCAUGAAAACAGACAGGGAUUCCCCUUGUUGUCUGUGAAGGACGGUAAAAUGCAGAAUGGCAUGUGUUUGAUUGUGGAACGCCACGUUUCCUGGAUAAGCCGGACGAGCCAAUGUCAGUGUCUGUUACCCUCUCAUUACCCCGUCAACUUGGUCUUCAGAGUCAUUUUCCACCAAUAAGUUUCAAACAAUACUUUUAUGAGAGAACAUGCAACCACUAGAUGGCAGUAGCAAUUCGUGCUGAAGGUUUUCUGCACUACAUGACAGCCACAAUUUUAAUCUUAGAAUCAAUCUAGUGACUUUAACUCUGUUUAGCAUGAUGCCACUCAA